AUGGCUUCUCGAUCAACGACCAAAGGCAUACAUCGGACCGUACAAGUAGCUUUUGAUGACUCCACAAACCAAAUAAAAUCACCAGGAUUUGGCUAUACCAGCAAAGUUCGGAUACGAGAGAAAUACCAUAUUGUCGGGUUUAUCAGUAGCGGUACAUACGGACGCGUGUACAAGGCGGUCGGCAAAAAUGGACAAAAGGGUGAAUUUGCUAUCAAGAAAUUCAAACCAGACAAGGAAGGAGAGACCAUCCAGUACACAGGGCUUUCGCAAUCUGCCGUUCGAGAAAUUGCCCUUUGCACUGAGCUAAAUCACCCAAAUGUUGUGAGGCUCGUGGAAAUUAUUCUUGAGGAUCGUUGCAUUUUUAUGGUAUUUGAGUAUACUGAACAUGAUCUUCUGCAAAUAAUUCACCAUCAUACACAGCCUCAGCGCCAUGCCAUCCCUGCACCGAUGGUUAAGUCGAUUCUCUUCCAACUACUCAAUGGGCUCCUCUAUCUCCAUUCAAAUUGGGUACUUCAUCGUGAUCUCAAGCCUGCAAACAUUCUAGUUACCUCGAGCGGCGCAGUGAGGAUUGGGGAUCUUGGACUUGCUCGAUUAUUCUAUAAGCCACUCAACUCUCUCUUUUCUGGUGACAAGGUCGUUGUGACAAUAUGGUAUCGGGCGCCAGAGCUACUACUUGGUAGUCGCCACUAUACCCCGGCUGUUGAUCUCUGGGCUGUGGGAUGCAUAUUUGCUGAGCUACUCUCUCUUCGCCCCAUUUUCAAAGGCGAGGAAGCAAAGAUGGACAGUAAAAAAAAUGUCCCUUUCCAAAGAAAUCAAAUGCUUAAAAUAAUGGAAAUACUUGGGAUGCCCCUGAAGCAAAAUUGGCCUGGAUUAGCGUCGAUGCCUGAGUAUGGCCAACUUCAGGCCUUUGCCCUUGGUCCUGGAACAAGUCAUAUUCAUAAGCCCUCUAGCUUAGAGCCAUGGUAUAAUGCCUGUCUUAAAAAUGGUUCAUAUUCUGCUUCUUCGGUAGCGGGAACUCCUGGGAAGGAGGGGUUCGACCUUCUCUCUCGGCUAUUGGAAUAUAACCCAGCGAAGAGGAUUACUGCGAAACAGGCAUUGGAACAUCCCUACUUUUCCACCGGUAGCCCGAUUACAGCAAAUUGCUUUGAAGGGUUUGAAGGAAAGUACCCUAACCGAAGGGUUAGCCAGGAUGAUAAUGACAUCCGCACAAGUAGCCUGCCUGGCACUAAGAGGAGCGGGCUACCAGACGAUACUUUGACAUCUAGGGCUGCAAAGCGUGUGCGAGAAAUGUGA